CCCGUUCCCACUCUUCCAUGCAUUUUUUCUCCUGGGCGAUGCAAGGAAAUCGAAAAACUUGCAGAAAGGGUAUCUUUUUCUUUGCCAUUUGAUAAUCGGAGGGUGGGAAGCUGAGAAAUUCGGAAAUGGGUUCGAAUCUUUUGCCUAAGCCAUUUUCUGAUAUCCUGACGGAAGUGUCGAUGAUCCAUGAUUGUUCUGCGAAAGUGGCGAAGCUCGACUUUUAUGUGCAGUCUUUGGAGGAGGAAAGGAAGAAAGUCGAAGCCUUUGAGCAUCAGCUCCCUUUAUCGGUGAUCCUCCUGCAAGAGGCGAUGGAGUUUCUAAGGAAGGAGAUGUUGAAGUGGAAGGGGAAGGAAAUCCGCCGGCCGCCAGUGACGGAGGAAUUCAUCCCGCUGAAGAGCGGCGGCGGCGGCGGCGGCGGCGGCGAUGGGAGGGGGAAAUGGUCGAAUGAAAUUACGACCGAUAGGAAGAAUUGGAUGAGUUCUGUUCAGCUAUGGAGCACUCCCAUUCACUAUGAAAAUCAUCUCAGCAUUCCAAAGAGUCAAGACUCUGUUUUGUCGCUAAAACCAAGGCACGAAGAAGAAGAGGGAGGCAGCGGUGGUUUUAAUUUCAAGAACAUUGGAGGGGCAUUUCUGCCAUUUCACAAAGCAUCUCCAUCUCCAUCUCCAUCUCUUCCGACAAAGAAGCGUGACAGGGACAGGGACAGGGACGUGGUGCUGCCGGAGGAGGUUCUGUCGCUGUCGAUGCCGGCGGCUCAGGUGGAGCCCCUGGAUUUGAAUACAGUCAGGCCUCCGGCGCCGCCGCCGCUUCCCAAUGCCGCCCAGAAGAAGCAGCGCCGCUGCUGGACGCCGGAGCUGCACACUAAGUUUGUGGAUGCAUUGCAGCUGCUGGGAGGGCCACAGGACGCAACCCCGAAGCAAAUAAGAGAACGGAUGAAAGUGAAAGAUCUCACAAAUGACGAAGUCAAGAGCCAUUUGCAGAAAUACCGUAUGCACAUCAAAAGGCUUCCUAAUCAUCCACUAGCUGCGCAACCAAAUAAUGACCUCUCAUGGCCAACAAAUGAUCAUCAGGGAGAUCCGUCGAAGCGCACAGCUGGAAGCUCGGCUUCGCCACAAGACCAUUUGCAUGGCGGGGGAUCAGCUAAAGGAGGAUCGGCAAGCAUGGAGGAAGAGGAGGAGGAGGAGAAGUCUGAAACCACAGCUAGAUCGGGUAGAAAGUUAAAUUGAUCCAUGGUUUUGAAUAUUACAAAUAUAUACAUGAAAGAAACAUGGUGAGAUUUGCGAAUAAUUGAGUGACAUACAGAUUAUUGCGAGGCAAAUUUUAUUUUGGUUUUUCGUUAUUUCAAUCAGUUCCUAAGGUUAGACCGGAUAUUUCUCGGCUUGUUAUGUUGUCAUGGAAGUGUAUCCAUACUUUUGUAGCUUCAGUUUGAGGACUAUUAUCAUAUAUGAUAAUAUAUACAUGUUUUCAUUUAGAAAA